AUGGAGGCCGUCGUCCUCAUCCCCUGCGUGCUGGGCCUCCUGCUGCUGCCUCUGCUGGCCGGAGCGCUGUGUGUCCGCUGCCGGGAGCUGCCCGGCUCUUAUGACACUACGGCCUCUGAUAGCCUGACCCCAAGCAGCAUCGUGCUCAAACGGCCUCGUGAGUACCUGGAGGGUUCCCUGGUGUCCACAGUUGUACCCUGGCCAUCAGCCACCUCCUACGCUCCUGUCACCUCCUACCCAUCCCUGAGCCAGCCGGACCUGCUCCCUAUCCCGAGGUCCCCCCAGCCCCACCACGUGCCGUCUUCCCGGCAGGACUCAGAGGGUGCCAACAGUGUGGCAAGCUAUGAGAACGAGGGUACGUCGGGGGCCCCGGGGGCCCUGCUUGCGGGGAGGCUGGGGCCUGGCCCGGGCCCUGUUGAUCACCGUGUCGCUACCCCAGAGCCCGUCUGUGAGGACGAGGAGGAGGAAGACGAGGACUAUCACAACGAGGGCUACCUGGAGGUGCUUCCCGAUAGCACGCCAGCCCCCAGCAGCGCUGUCCCACCGGCUCCUGUGCUCAGCAACCCCGGCCUCCGAGACAGCGCCUUCUCCAUGGAGUCGGGGGAGGAUUAUGUGAACGUCCUAGAGAGCGAGGAGAGUGCAGACGUGUCUCUGGAUGGGAGCCGGGAGUAUGUGAACGUGUCCCAGGAGCUGCCGCCCAUGGCUAAGACUGAGCCUGCCAUCCUGAGCUCCCAGAAGGUGGAGGAUGAAGAUGACGAAGAGGAAGAGGGAGCUCCAGAUUAUGAGAAUCUGUAG